AAAAACCCAGGAUUUCUGCUUUUGUUUUAGAGCAUUUAAAGCGCGCGCGCUCUUUGGCGCGUGUUCUUAAAAUGGGGGGGGGUGUUUUAGGGAGGAGGGGGUGCAUAUUUGGGAUUGUUCUCAUCCCCACCACAAGUAGUUAAUUUUUAAGCAAUACAAUCUGAUGUAAGUCUGGGCAUGGCUGCGGCAGAUUUCUCCCAACCCCCCUCUCUCCGAAUCCCUCCCCAGGACUCACAGGCGCGUGCCCAUGAGCGCGCGCGCACACAGCGCCGCUGCUCCAAAAUAUCUUUUUUUUUUUUUUAUGGAGUGGUGGGGGCUCCGGAGGAAGAAAAAAACUAAAGGUGGCCAUGUUUGAUAGAUUUGUGUCGGGCUCUGCAUUGCAGACAGCCGGGGUUGUUGCUGUGUGAUCUCCGUGACAGUGAUCUGCCGUGACUUAUUCCUGCGUGGGGAGAGGGGGGGCACACACACGCGCGCGCGCAAGAAACAAACAAGUAACGAUGUAACUUACACCCCCUUUUUCUUGUAACAAUGUGUACGUUUUUAAGGAGGGAGGGGGGCGCGCGGAGGGAGAAAGGGAGAGCGAUAGAGAAAGGAGGAGGGGGUGCGUUCUGAAAUAAUAUAGUCAGCCAUUUUUUAUGUAAGGGGAUUUUUUUUCUUAUUGGGGGGGUUGUUAAAAAAUAAAUAUAAGAGGGCGGCCAUCUUUGUUGCUCUGCCUAGUGUAAAAUAUUCCAAAACGCCCCCCACUUUUUUCUGUGCCUAUUUGAAUAUUAAAUAAAUAUCACAUUAUCGGGCAAGAAUAGGCUCUUUUUGAAUACAAGGACGGAUCCAAUGACCGGGAUAUAAUGUCCUCUCCUCUCCGGUCCUGUGAGGAAGACGAGGGCAUGGUGGUUAAUUCCGAGGGAGGAGAUUUUGAUGAAGAAGACGACGACGGAGACCUAAACGAGAACGCAAGCGACAUAAACUCGCCGGCGGCGCCACGGGAAACUGCAACGGUAGCCGCGCCAGAGGAUGACAUAUCAGACAGAGAGGUACCCAUAAGGAAGAAAGGCCGGCCCAAGAAAAAGAAGGACGCAAAGAAGAAAGACAAAGAGGGGAAGCCGCCAAAGACCAAAAAACGCAAAAAGAUUGACAGCGAUGUAGAGCAAAACUCGGAUAGGGAAAGAGACUAUGGCGAGAACUCGGACAGCGCAGCCAGCAACUAUGGCUCCGGUGAGAAGAAGAAGAAGAAGAAACACAAAGAGAAGAAGGAGCGGAAAACCAAGAAGAAGAAAAAAGAUGAUGGGGACAGAGACAGCGGCCAAGAGGAAACAACAAAGCAACCUCUAGAGCAGAAGACCUCUGCCCAGCUGGCCAAGGAGUGGGGACUGGAGGAUGUUGAUCAUACCUUCACAGAGGAGGACUACAGAGAGCUCACCAACUAUAAAGCCUUCAGCCAGUUCAUGAGGCCAAUGAUCGCCAAGAAGAACCCCAAGAUCCCCAUGUCAAAAAUGAUGACCAUCCUGGGGGUCAAGUGGAGGGAAUUCAGUUCCAAUAACCCUUUCAAAGGCAACGCUGCUGCUGUUGCGGCGGCGGCUGCUGCCGCUGCUAUCGCUGUUGCCGAGCAGGUCUCUGCAGCCACGGCCUCGCCGGAGCCGCCGCCUCAACCGCCACCAAUCAGAAAGGCGAAGACGAAAGAAGGCAAAGGUCCAGGUUAUAAGAAACGAAGCAAAAGUCCUCGAGUACCAGAUAAGAAGAAGGCGCUGGCUGCAGCCAAGGCCAAAAAGAUGGCACCCAUCCGUAUUAAACUGUCGCCUAUAGGUGCAAAAAGGAAGAAGAGCUGCUCUAGUGACGACGUGGACGAUGAUGAGUCGGAGCAGGAGGACUCCAGCGUUCACAGCUCCUCAGUUCGCUCUGACAGUUCCGGCCGGGUGAAAAAGAACAAGCGGGGACGGCCCGCCAAGAAAAAGAAGAAAAUCACGGGGGAGGAGGAAGGCGACGGCUACGAGACGGAUCACCAGGACUACUGCGAGGUCUGCCAGCAGGGCGGAGAGAUCAUCCUGUGCGACACUUGUCCUCGAGCGUACCACCUCGUCUGCCUGGAGCCCGAGCUGGACAAGGCCCCCGAGGGCAAGUGGAGCUGCCCCCACUGUGAGAAAGAGGGGAUCCAGUGGGAGGCGAAAGAUGAAGACUUCGAGGACUUUGAGGAGGACAGCGAGGACAGGGUGAUAUCGGAGGUCAGCAGCGGGGUGCCGGCCGGCGGGGACGACGAGGACGACGACCACAUGGAGUUCUGUCGUGUGUGCAAAGACGGCGGCGAGCUGCUGUGCUGCGACACCUGCACCUCCUCGUACCACAUCCACUGCCUGAACCCGCCGCUGCCGGAGAUUCCCAACGGGGAGUGGCUGUGUCCGCGAUGCCUGUCGCAGCCGAUCAAAGGGCGCGUCCAGAAGAUCCUACACUGGCGGUGGGGGGAACCGCCGUCUCCCAUUCCCGUUCCACCUCCUCCCGACGCUCCGCCUGACGCUCCUCCGCCCCCGCCCAUGAAGGGACGGGCCGAGAGGGAGUUUUUUGUCAAGCUGGUCGGGCAGUCGUAUUGGCACUGCACGUGGAUCACAGAGCUGCAGCUGGAGAUCUUCCACUCGGUGAUGUACAGGAACUACCAGAGGAAAACCGACAUGGACGAGCCGCCCAGCCUGGACUACGGCUCGGGCGGGGAGGAGGAGAACAGCGUGGGGAAGAAUGAAAAGAGGAGGGCCAAAGACCCCCAGUUUGCCAUCAUGGAGGACAAAUACUACAAAUAUGGGAUCAAGCCUGAAUGGAUGAUGAUUCACCGGAUCAUCAACCACAGCGUGGACAAGAAGGGGAUUUAUCACUACCUGGUCAAGUGGAGAGACCUGACGUACGACCAGUGCACCUGGGAGAGAGAUGACAUGACCAUCCCUGACUUUGCAAUCUACAAGGCAAGCUACUGGAGACACAGAGAUGCAAUCAUGAAAGACGAUCCAGACAAACCUAGAAAGAUGAGGACCAAGAACGCCGACGAGGAGGAGGAGUCUCCUCCGUCUCCACUCACAGAUCCAACGAUAAAGUACGACGAGCAGCCGGACUUUGUGACGGCUACAGGCGGGACGCUGCACAUGUACCAGCUGGAGGGCCUCAACUGGCUCCGGUUCUCCUGGGCUCAGGGCACCGAUACCAUCCUGGCAGAUGAGAUGGGCCUGGGCAAAACCAUUCAGACCAUAGUCUUCCUCUAUUCUCUGUUCAAAGAGGGUCACACGAAGGGUCCCUUUCUGGUCAGCGCUCCUCUCUCCACCAUCAUCAAUUGGGAGAGGGAGUUUGAGAUGUGGGCGCCCGACUUCUAUGUGGUGACGUACACGGGAGACAAGGACAGCCGAGCCAUCAUCCGGGAGAACGAGUUCUCCUUUGAUGACACGGCAGUGAAAGGAGGAAAGAAGGCCUUCAAACUGAGGAGAGAGGCUCCAAUCAAAUUCCACGUGCUGCUCACCUCCUACGAGCUGGUGACCAUCGACCAGACCGCACUAAAGUCCAUAGAUUGGGCCUGUCUGGUGGUGGAUGAGGCACAUCGCCUGAAAAAUAACCAAUCAAAGUUUUUCAGGCGUUUAAAUGACUACAAGAUUGACUACAAGCUGCUGUUGACCGGCACUCCACUGCAGAACAACCUGGAGGAGCUGUUCCACUUACUGAACUUCCUCACGCCCAACCGCUUUAAUAAUCUGGAGGGCUUUCUGGAAGAGUUUGCUGACAUCUCCAAAGAGGACCAGAUCAAAAAGCUCCACGAUCUGCUGGGGCCUCACAUGCUGCGAAGGCUGAAGGCCGACGUCUUCAAAAACAUGCCCGCCAAGACCGAGCUGAUCGUCCGAGUGGAGCUGAGCCCCAUGCAGAAGAAGUACUACAAGCUGAUUCUGACCAAGAACUUUGAGGCUUUGAACUCCAAAGGUGGAGGAAACCAGGUCUCCCUGCUCAACAUCAUGAUGGAUCUGAAGAAGUGCUGCAACCACCCCUACCUCUUCCCCGUCGCCUCCAUGGAAGCCCAGAAAACACCCAGCGGUGCUUAUGAGGGGUCGGCGCUCACCAAGGCCUCAGGAAAACUGACGCUGCUGCAGAAGAUGCUGAGGAAACUGAAAGAGCAGGGUCACAGAGUGCUGGUCUUCUCACAGAUGACCAAAAUGUUGGACCUUCUUGAGGACUUUUUGGACUAUGAGGGUUACAAGUAUGAGAGAAUCGACGGCGGGAUCACAGGAGCACUGAGACAAGAGGCCAUCGACCGCUUCAACGCUCCUGGAGCUUGUCAGUUUUGUUUCCUGCUCUCCACCAGAGCGGGAGGUCUCGGCAUCAAUUUGGCCACAGCAGACACCGUCGUCAUCUUCGACUCAGACUGGAACCCGCACAACGACAUUCAGGCUUUCAGCCGGGCUCACCGCAUCGGACAGGCCAACAAGGUGAUGAUCUACAGGUUCGUGACACGAGCCAGCGUGGAGGAACGCAUUACCCAGGUGGCCAAGAGGAAGAUGAUGCUGACCCACCUGGUGGUGAGGCCGGGUUUGGGUUCCAAAGCAGGCUCCAUGACCAAGCAGGAGCUGGACGACAUCCUCAAGUUUGGGACUGAGGAGCUCUUUAAGGACGAGGGAGAAGGGAUGAAGAACAACGCAGGAGAUAAAGUGGAGGACGAAGGGAACGUCAUCCACUACGACAGCACCGCCAUCGAGAGGCUGCUGGACCGCAGUCAAGACGCCACCGACGACACGGACGUGCAGAACAUGAACGAGUACCUGAGCUCCUUCAAAGUGGCUCAGUACAUGGUCCGGGAGGAGGACAAGAUCGAGGAGAUCGAGCGGGAGAUCAUCAAACAGGAGGAGAACGUGGAUCCGGACUACUGGGAGAAGCUGCUGCGGCAUCACUACGAACAGCAGCAGGAGGACCUGGCCAGCAAGCUGGGGAAAGGCAAGAGGAACCGCAAACCCGUCAACUACAACGACGCCGCGCAAGAAGAUCAAGAGUGGCAUGCUGACAUCUCAGACAACCAGUCCGAGUAUUCGAUCGGCUCCGAGGAGGAGGAUGAAGACUUUGACGAUCGGCCAGAAGGUCGACGGCAGUCUCGCCGCCAGCUGAGGAACGACAAGGACAAGCCUCUCCCGCCUCUCCUGGCCAGAGUCGGGGGCAACCUCGAGGUUCUGGGCUUUAACACACGCCAGCGCAAGGCCUUCCUGAACGCCGUGAUGCGCUGGGGAAUGCCCUCCCAGGACGCCUUCUCCUCACAGUGGCUCGUCCGCGACCUCAAGGGCAAAACCGAAAAGGAGUUCAAAGCGUACGUGUCUCUGUUCAUGAGGCACUUGUGCGAGCCGGUCGCUGACGGGGCAGAAACCUUCGCCGACGGCGUCCCCAGGGAGGGGCUGUGCCGCCAGCCCGUCCUCACCCGCAUCGGCGUCAUGUCGCUUGUCAAGAAAAAGGUUCAAGAGUUUGAGCACAUCAACGGCCGCUGGAGUCUCCCAGAGCUCAAGCCGGAGAUCAGCAUAGACAAAUCCUCCUCCAGGGCGUCCUCACCCACUGUCAAGACCGCCACGCCCACACCUGACGCUAGCUACAACAGCACGCCAUGCCCCUCCAAACCAGCAACACCCGCUCCGUCGGAGAAGACAGAAAAAAAUGGCAAAGAGGAGGAAAAGGCUGAAGCGGAGGAGAAAGAGAAAGUGAAGGAUGAAGGGAAAGAGGCGGACGGCAACAAGAUGGGAGAAUCUCAGGAGAUGUCUUCUUCCACAAAAGAAACGCAUCGAAACGCUUCAGAAGACGGGGAGGUAAAGGAGGCCGCAGCAGAUGCUCCGGCUGCCACGGCGGAGGAGAAAAAAGAGCCAGAGGAGAGUAAAGAGGAGACGACGCUUGAGUCAAAGCAGGAAACGAAAGAAAAAUCAGGAGAAAAGGUUCAGGAGGAGAAGGAAAAGGAGUCGCGAUCAAAAACGGAGGCAGCAGACGGCAAAGACAAGGCCGAGGCGGCUGAUGUCAAGAAAGAAGACGUGAAAGGUGAAAAGGAUCCUGGGAAGGAGCUGAAACCCCCCAAGGAGGAGGCGCCGCGGGGUAACGGGAGGCCUGUGAGCGAGCGGCCGCGCUUCAUGUUCAACAUCGCAGACGGUGGCUUCACAGAGCUGCACACUCUCUGGCAGAACGAGGAGCGGGCUGCCAUCUCCUCGGGGAAGAUGAAUGAGAUCUGGCAUCGCCGACACGACUACUGGCUGCUGGCGGGGAUCGUAAUCCAUGGCUACGCCCGGUGGCAGGACAUCCAGAACGAUCCCCAGUUUGCCAUCGUCAACGAACCGUUCAAAUCACAGGCAAACAAAGGCAACUUCCUGGAGAUGAAGAACAAGUUCCUGGCGCGUCGCUUCAAGCUUUUGGAGCAGGCUCUGGUGAUAGAAGAGCAGCUGCGGCGGGCGGCGUACCUGAACAUGACGCAGGACCCCAGCCACCCGGCCAUGGCGCUCAACGCACGCUUCGCCGAGGUGGAGUGCCUGGCGGAGUCGCACCAGCACCUCAGCAAGGAGUCACUGGCAGGCAACAAACCCGCCAACGCCGUUCUGCAUAAAGUGCUGAACCAGUUGGAGGAGCUGCUGAGUGACAUGAAGGCCGACGUGACCCGGCUUCCAGCCACGUUAUCCAGAGUCCCGCCUAUCGCCGCUCGCCUCCAAAUGUCCGAGAGGAGCAUUCUCAGCCGGCUCGCCAGCAAAGGCACAGAGACGCACACGCCCCCUCCCAUACCUCCAGGACCCUACGCAACCCCUCAGGCCUACGGAGCCCCCUACACACCUGCACCCCCAAGCGCACUUCAUAUGGGUGGCGCCAACUACAGUCAAAUGCCGCCAGGAUCCUUUAUAUCAGAAGCCGCUGCAGCUGCCGGGGCCACCGGGGGAGCUGCCGGUGGAGCCGCCUGGGGGCCGACCGCCAGCGGGUUCUGCCAGAAGACCAAGGAGCACGAUGUGGUGCAGCGGCAGCGGGUGGUUGACCUCUGGAAGGACGGCAAAUCGGAGGGGGCCAUAGGGCUGGAGCUGAGGAUGCCAAAGUCGACGGUGCACAGCAUCAUCGUCAAGUACCGACUCAGCAACACGGUGGAGAACCUGCCGCGCAACGGACGACCAAAGAAGCCCUGAAAGGAGGAGGGGGGGGGAACAAGCGAGAAGAAAUCCCAAAAAACAAGGAAAAGGAGAACUCUGACACUGCUGGAAUGUGAGGAGGAGAAAAAGAAACGAUGGGAGGCACAACUUUAUAGAAAAAAAGAGGACAGGAAACGUGAAAUGAAAAGCAGCGCUGGCUCUUUGACCCCCCCCAAAGAAAAGCAAGCAAUCAACUGCAGAAAUUAGAAAAAAAGAGAGGUCAAAAGGUGCUACGGGGAAAAAAAUAAAAACCCAAAAAAGUCUGACUGCACUCAAGAGACAAGAAAAGCGGAGGAUGUUUAUUCAAUCACCUCGAUUUUUUUCUCUCAAGGAAAUUCAGGUAUGAGGGCUGAAUGGAAGCAAAAGGCAGCAAAGGAUAUUAUUAUUUUUUUAUACUUCUUCACACUUAUUUUCUUUUUUUUUUUUGAGACUUCUGUUACCUCUGAGCCAAAAAGAUUUCCCUUCGGUUCAAUUCUUCAUGUGAAGGCUGACUGAACAAGCCGGUCGCCUCCAUCUGACCCCGUCCUCCCUCAUUCCUCCACAGACCUGCACUCCUCCGUCUCGCUCAUUCAGAGCCUCACACACACACGGGUAAAGCCUUCAUGUAUCCACCGACCUCACUCUUGAGACGAAAUCCAAGAAACGGUGAAAACCAAAAAAAAAUGACGGCAAAGAAAAAAUGUUUCAAACACGGAUCCCUGCGGACCGCCGCGCAUUCCUACGUCCAACCAAACAAAGGAGCUGGAACCUAAAUAAACAACACUACAUGGCUUUAACCCACUCAGAUGUGCUGCUUCAAUUUUAGAGACGACUGAAAAUAGCCCCAUUUCCUGUUUGCUGAACAGUAUUUAUGAGCCGCUCUUCCUCGGUUGUGAAAGCUGUAAUCUGUUACAAAGGAACCAAAAAAAGAAAUCAAUAAAUAAAAAGGGAAACUCUUUGAAGCUCGCAGAGACGCUUUUGUCCCUGGAGCUUCUUUAUUGUGACAGCGUGAUGGAAAGUGUCCCGUAAUCCCAGAGAAACUAAAACUCCGCAGACCGUCUCGUUGAGUUUUCCAACUGUGACGUUCACGCCGACCAACCUGGAGAUUCCUGCAACAAGUGCGACAGUCAGGGAUUUUUGUAUUUGUAUGUGUGGGACGUGUGAAAAUGCCUUUUGUUUUGUUUUUUUACAAAUUAUUUAUCUCUUUUUUCUUUUUUUUAAGUUCCUAACUAAAAAAAUAUUUUUAUAAAAAACAACAAGAAUUUAGAGAAAUUUCUUGUAUGAGAGAGUGUUGGCAUGACAACGCCAUCUAUAAAAAGAGAAAAUAGAUGAAUAAAAGAUGUAAUUGCAGUUGAAUCCGUUAAAAAUAAUUCCACCAGAUAAAGCAACAUUACAAAGUGCUCUCAGGAGGCUCACGCUGUUACAUCGGUUUAAUAAAAAAUAUAAUAAAAAGCUGAUUCACUUGGUCAUGAUUUGAAAUCACUUGAUGAAUUUCAAACAUUGUGAGCCAUCAACCAAAUGUCCAACUAACCCAACAACUGUUUGCAAGAAAAUAUUCAUUUUUCAUUGCUCAUGUAUAUGUGUAAAGUGAAUGUAUAAAUAAAGAGAAAGCAUUUUAAACACUUUAAAACAUGAAAAUGUGUUAUUUUAAAACUAAGGAUGUCUUGAGAUAUGAGGGCGUCCUUCUGAACUGUUUAAUACAUGUAGCUUGUGAAUGUAAAUACCAAUAUGGGCCACACAAAAUGUAAAAAA